CAUCGCACGGUAUCAGCCGGUUACCGCGAUUCAAUUUUUCAAUAAGUUGUGCAAAAACCGGUUAUUUUGAUACAAAAUUUAAGUUAUUUUAACUAAUUUUAAGGUGAAAAAAGUUUAAAACGAUGUUGCGACUCAAACUUCUCGCGCAAAAGUGCACCCAACUCGAGCGUUUCUACUGCACGGUGAACAAAUUCAACACACUCAAUGAAGCUGCCAAAUUUCUUUCACCGCUACUGGACGUCAAAGAGCCAACCAUGUACCGCUACCUCACCAAGCACGACUUCCUGCUGGAGCUCGAGCGGGACGACAUCCGUCGCAAGCUCGACUACUUCCGCUAUCUGCGGGCUAGCAACGAGGAAAUCCUCCAGCAGCCAAACCUCCUAAUGGUCCACUUGAUAACGCUGGAAAAUCGAACCACAAUCCUGCGAGAAUGUGGCUUCGUGGAAUCCCUAAAUUUAGCGGCCUUGUCCAAGUAUAUCACACUGGUCCGGCAAAAGGUUAGGGCGUUGAAGAAAAAUCUGCUCAUUCCUGCCGAUCUGGACAUGGUCGAGCAGCUGCGGAAGCAGUUCGAGUUGGACGUGCUUCCGGUGGGUUUGAAGAGUAGCGAUGACUUGAAUGUUCAACCACUGCGAGAGCAGUUUAUUAGCGAAUUCCUGCGACAAAGGUUGGAGUUGUCUGACGUUGAGCUGAAACGGCUCUGGCAAUCGUACUCCAAGAUUAAGCACAAGAGUUUCGGUCACACCCAACGAGUGGUGGACAUACUGCAGUACGAUUACAAGUUUAGUCGGGAGAAGAUCGUAGGGAAUCUGUACUUACUGCAUGCGGAUCCGGAGAAUCUGCUACGGUACCCCUCGGUAGUUCCGUCAAUCGGCGGUAUGGACAUAAAAGAGUUGAUGGUCAAGCAGCCGAAGGUCAUGAUGGUACCGUGCGACAAAGUCCAGCAACUUCUCGCAGUUCUUCGAUCUCACGAAAUUGACGAGUCAGGAAUUUUAAAGUACUCAGCUAUUCUUACGCUUGCUCCGGACACCAUCCAAGCGCGAAUAGUCCAAAUCAAAAAGACCAAAGAAUUCGAAGUCCUGCUCAAACACCCCCGGAUCACCAAGCUGAUCGCGUACCAAACAAAAGCCGCCAUCCGCCUAGACUUUCUCCAGCAGCUCAAAGUCCGCUGCGCCUCCCUCAACGUCCUAGCCAGCCACUCGCAAGGUUUCGAAAAGUACGUCCGAGACGGAUGCGAUCGAACCAAGGGCAAAGACACCGCCCACUUCUUCAGCCAGAUCUUCGCCCAAAAAUCCGACGAAGUCUUCACCCACCUCAAGCGACACCCCAACUGGUUCCACAUCCCGACCGUCCAAAUCCAGGAAACCAUGGACUACCUCCGCGCCCAGCAAUACACCCUCGAAGACAUCGGCGAAAACAUCCAGAUCGUACUCUACCCGCUCUCCCGAAUCACCACCAAGCUGGACAAGCUGCACGAGUGUGCCCGCACGGGACGGCCGCACGACGAGCUGGGCAUCGAGCUGGUCGGGGUGAGUGCGUCGCAAAUGCUGUCGCUCUGUCUGUACACGAUGGAGCUGGACUUUCACUUCACCGGCGAUGGCGUCUGGCCGGAGCAGGUGCAGCUGAAUGACGCGAGCACGUCCACCAACAUCGAGCUGCCCAAGACGCUGAACAAGGACUACAAGUACGGGAAGAAGCCGGCGGUGAAGGUGGGAUUGUGAGGUGGAUUAAAAAUUAGGUAUGUGUGUUGAUUGUUGUUGAA